UUUUCUUCAUUUACAUUUCCACAAUAUCAAAAUACCCUUACCUCUGUUUCUUUUAUUAUUUGUUCUAUUUGUUGUCAAGAAAUACUUUCGAUGCAUAUGUCUCUGUGAUUUAAUUCGAAAUAGUGGACAGACAACCUCUUCAGCUGUUGUGUUCCACAAGUUGCUCCAUUAUUCAUACACUCUUGUCCUUAUCCAAACCCCUCAGCUUUCGAAGCUUCCUUGCUUUGUAUUUGGUUGUUUUUUUAGCUUUGUUUUCUUCAAUCAGUCACUUUUUUUUGUUGUUGUGGGUUAAAGGGGAUGUGUCAAUUACCUCAAGUUACUUGUUUUGAAAUCAGUAUUGGAUUUAAAGGCUUAAACUUGAACUAAACUACAAGUUACUUGUUCUUUAUCCAUGUUACACCAUAGCUAUUAUGGGCUUCAUCAUGUUCGCUUUUAAUUUAGUUACAUGCUUGCUCCCCUUCCACUUUGAGCCAUCUAUCAAUCUAAUUAUAAAACAAAAAUGUUGAACCAAAUCUUUUGCAGUCAAUCAUUGUAAGGAUUUCUGCCUCUCUCUUCAACUUAAACCAGCAUACUGAAAGGAUUAAAAUAUGCAUUCCAAAACAGCACUUGAAUCUUGGCUAAUUGAGAAAUGUUAGCAACAUAUUCUCUAACACACUCUAUAUUGUUGGGUGAAUUUCAUGAGUCCCAGUAAAAGAGAAUGGGUCCUUUUUUAGUGGGACCAACAUAAAAUUCGACUAAUAAUUAGGGUUGUCAAUUGGGCACUAUAGCAGUAUUAGCUGCUAUAUGCACUGCCAUAGUGCCACACUUCAAUGUUGCAGUCAUAGUGGCCGACGCAGUAGCGGUGCUGUAGCACUGCUAUGCUGAUGGUGUCCAAAUUCCUGAGAAUGGCAUCCAAUAUUAACGUUAGGGGGGCAUUUUAUGGAGAUAAUUUUGUGAUUUUUCAUAAAAUAGGGUUUUGGCUUGUAUAAAAACCCUUUCAAAAUUCAUAACUAUCAUGCCUCACUUGUGCUCUUCUACCUUGUGGCUAUGACCCAACCCCUGUGUGCGAACCUCCAGCAACCAUUGUGUAACUCUUCUGCAACUUGUCUAGCAGCAGUUUUUACUUCUCUCUUGUUCUCAUUCUCUGGGUUUUUUCUUCAGUUUUUUCUUGUAAUCUUGUUCUCGUUGUUGUCUUAUUCUCAUCAAUCUCUGUUUUCUUUGUUUGUGUUUCUCCUCUACUGUGAUUUUUUUUUCUUUUCUAUUUUCUCUUGUUCUCUUUGUUCCAUCAAUCUAUGUUCUUUGUAGUCUUGUCUCCGAGGUCUUGUUUUUGGUCAUCCGUCUACCAAAGACCCAUACUCAGUCACUCCUUUUGUCUAUAUCUCUUUGGUUAGACAUGGUAUCCGCUAUUACAUUUUACUUUUAUGUUUACUUAAGAGCUAAGACCUAUAACUUUUUUUAUUGAUUAUGAACAUGUCAAAAUUUUUUAGUAUGUAUUUUUUCUUAAAAAAUAACUGAACAUUCAUGUGUAUUUAGAAUGAAUCAUAUAAACUAUAUAAAAAGUUUCAAAAUAGUGGUCAUCCCAUGCUGUGUGCUAUAGCAUUUUUGGAUUCAGCCACUAUACGGGAUUGAUAACUAUGGUAUGAGGAAAGAAUGUUGAAAAAAGUGUGUCAAAGAAUUUAUUGCUAAUAUUGCUUUGUGUUUUUUAUUACAUGGAAUUUUGUCUGACAUUAGGCUAGCCUUUAGAUUGUUUUAACUUUUAAAUUUGACACCCUGUUUGCCAUGGUCAUAUUUGGCUUCCUAAUCUCUGUCUUAAACUAUUCAUCCUCCUUCUAAUAGGGCAUUGGAUGUUGUGCUUAUGUAAUGAAGGUGCACAAUAUGAAAUGCAUAGCUCUUAUGGGGGAUUGAUGUAAUAGUCUCAAGAAAUAGGACAAUGAGAGACUUCUAGGAAAAUCAGAUGCAUCGUGGUAAAUUUUCCCUUACACCCAAGAAUGAAGUCAAGGACUUGACAGGUUCAAGUUUAACCAGUUACAAACAUAGCAGUCUUCUGGACCCCAUAGAUGUUUCUUCAUCUUCAGAUGAUGAAAAUGACCUUCCUAAUGAUGAUGUGUCUAAUCAAUUAGUCCUUUAUGAUCCUGUGGUGAAUGGAAACAAUGCAAUUGAACUUGCACCUGAUCCUCUCCAGUGUGAACAUCCAUUGCUUCCAAGAAGCAAACCUUCACAUUCAGUUCCUAGAGUUUUGCCUUCAGUUGGUGCUUUCACUGUUCAAUGUGCAUCCUGCUUCAAAUGGAGGUUGAUUCCAACAAAGGAAAAAUAUGAAGAAAUACGUGAGCAUAUCCUUGAACAACCUUUUGUUUGUCAAAAAGCUCGUGAGUGGCGACCUCAUGUAUCUUGUGAUGAUCCAGAGGAUAUUUCUCAGGAUGGCAGCAGGGUUUGGGCUAUUGAUAAGCCAAACAUUGCACAGCCUCCGGCUGGAUGGGAGCGACUGCUAAGGAUCAGAGCUGAAGGAAGCUCCAAAUUUGCAGAUAUAUACUAUAUAGCACCAUCAGGCAAGAGAUUGCGUUCAAUGGUAGAGAUCCAGAAGUUCUUGAUGGAGCAUCCUGAGUAUACAAGAGAUGGGGUAACUCUUUCACAGUUCUCAUUUCAAAUACCAAGGCCAUUACAAGAAAACUAUGUGAGGAAGCGACCUGCUAGACUUACCUCUUCAUAUGAAGUCAGUGAGCCUGUUGAACAUGAACAAGUGAGUCCUCUAGCAUGGGUAGAUCCAGAAGGGCAUGGUCGCAGACUGGGGCUUCCUGCCCCCCCAUUCAUGGAAUCCCAUGAUAUUGACCCUAUCAGUAUCAGCCGUCCUUCAAAGAGGCAAGCAACUCAUAAAGGUGCCCUGUAGUAAGGACCCUCAUCAAAUCCUUUCGUGUUAUGUGCAUUGUGCAGUCAGUCAGUUGCAUCUUACUUACAAAUAGAGAAAUAGUUCGUUUAUCCUUUUUAAUAGGGCAUUUUAGGUGUAAUGAGCUUGCGGGGAAAAGCAGUGUAGAGACGGUUCACUUGUCCUCAUGAGGAGAUCAUUAUCUUGGUAUUCCUAAUAAAAAUGUAUUUUGCAUCUGGGAGAAUCUUUUGUACAAAAAAGGGUGCCUGUCCCAAGAGAAACAUGUUAGACUCAAGUAAUAUUCUGAUGUGAAAAUAUGGUCAUUCAGCAAGAGGCUAAUUUGAUCUUAACUUUAGCUUCUUUUGACCUUUUCUUUUUCA